AUGGGCAGCUCCAACUUCUGGCUCCUUCUUUUGGUAGGAAGUGUCGUUUGUCGGAACAUUUCAGAGUCGAAAGGCGGAAGACUCAGAAGGCAGGAAAACAGAGAGCUUCUCGAAAGUUGCGGGCGAUUCGAGCGAGGUGAUUUUUUGAUUACUAGUCUAGGGAACUUUUCUGGCUCGGGUACGCGUAACAAGUUGAAACUACUUUGGCUUAUAGACUUGAGUAAGAGCUCUUAAAAGCCAGUGAGAUUAUCUGCUAAACCACAUAGGCUUCUAAGGAAAAGAUUCUCAAUAUAACUCACAUGGUCAGAUCGAAUCCUGUACGCGCCUGAGCCUUUCUCUCUCACCAAGGUGGGCUGGCGCAGAGUUCAGGAGGCCAGUCUCAUGAUUGACUUUUUUGAGUAGGUUCGAUUCCUGUAGAGGGCAAAUCUUUUUUGCAUUUUUCUUAAAAACAGAGUUCUUUGUACAAGUACGAAAUUCGAAAAAAACUUGGAAGUUUUAUUUAUAUAGUUCCUUAUUUCCGAAAGAUUUAAGAAAGAAUGUUCUGGCAACGAUGACAGUUGUACAGCAAAUUUUUUGAUCACUCGCUUAAUUUUUUUUGAGAAGCAUUUGAACAAAGAGAAAUGCUAUUUCAUCAGUUUUAAGACUUCUAUUUUUGUCUUUAAGAAAACUGCAAAAAAAUAUUUGCCUUCGACAGGAAUCGAACUUACUCAAAAAAAAAAAUCCACCAUGAGACUGGCCCUCUAAUCACUGCGCCAGCCCACCUUGGUGAGAGAGGAAGGUUCAGGGGCGUACAGGAUUCAACCUGAGUUUUUUCGAGAAGCUUUUUCUCAGAAGCCUAUGUGGUUUAGCAGAUAAUCUCACUUGCUUCUGAGAGCAUUCACAUAAGCCACCGUAGUCACAACUUAUAACGCGUACCCGAGACCGAGUAGUUUUCUAGUAAUGAGAAUCUCGACUGCAGGACACGAUGAAAAUAGAACGGUGACUAAAUCCUUGUACGGAAGGCCGGUCUCGCGAGGAGAGGCUCCUUGGGCCGCUGCCAUCACAUUAUUUUAUAGUAAGGUUUCCCUCUUGACUUGGAUUCGGUAUUUUAAAUGCAGACGGCAAACUCAAUGCCUUAGCUUCUGGAACUCUGAUCUCACCGCGACAUAUACUCACAUCCGCUCAUGUCCUGUUCAAUACACCUAAAGACUGUGAAGAAAUGUUAUCAACUCGUACAACUGAACCGUUUCGUUACACUUGAAAUGUUUUCCAGAAGAAACAAAACGUUUCAAUCGAAUCUUGCCGACUUUAAUAUCUUUCUGAACACAUCGUGUUCCACUAGUUCAAUCUGUAACAGGUUGAACAGGUAUGACCAAUUUUCUCCACUACUCGUCAAAAAGGUAAACUUGGUCUCGAUUUAUGGAAAUAUUCGGCUUUUCGUAUCAAGGUCUAUGUUCAUAAGGAUUAUAUUAAAAGCCAAUGUCGUGGAGACCGUCAUGCGAAAGACGUCGCCGUAUUCGAACUCUCCAAAGAUGUCAACUUUUCUUCAGAAAUCUAUCCAGCCUGCAUUUCGACUAGUAUCGCCUUUUCAAGUUUUCCAAAUUUUUAUUUUACUUUUUGAGGAUCUCCUGAGCCUGGAGAUAGAGGAUACGUCUACGGGUUUGGUCGCGAUCGUAAGUUUGAGACUAUUAUGAGACCCGAAUCAACAUACUAUUCUACUCAAUGCAAAACAUUUUUUUUAGCAUCUGAAAAGAAGAGGCCGGACUUGGGAGUUUUGAAAACAUAUAAAACCGUGGUAAACUAAUUGAUGAGUUCUGGGUAGGGAAAAUCACUUGCAGGUGAAUAAAACCUGCGAUGGUGACAGAUAUUAUUACGAUUAUUUCUACUUCUGCAGCAAAAACAGGAAUGGUCUCAUUGCCUGUGAAGUCAGUUUGUCUAUUAACUUUUUAUGAAGUUCAAAAUUUAGGGAGAUAGUGGGUCAGGUAUAAUCGACUACGCUCGUACUAAUGAUGGUAUCAAAAAAGCCGAGGUUUUCGGGAUCGUUACCAAAAGUAAAAAUUGCAGUUGGGUUCUUGAAGAUUAUGAAACAGAUUAUCGAAGUUUGGAAUAUCUGAGAAACAUUAAAAAAAAUUUUUUUUUAGCUAGAACACGUCUGA